GAGCAGCGUCGUGAUAAAAACAAGGCUUCGAGCGUCACUACUCUCGCCCAUAUAGAAGAUCAAAUAAAUUCGUGAAAAAUGUCUCUCAAGCCUAUAUUGUACUCGUACUGGAGGAGCUCCUGCUCUUGGAGAGUCCGAAUCGCUUUGAACUUGAAGGGAAUCGCUUACGAGACGAGAACGAUCGACUUGUUAAAGAAUGGAGGGGAAAACAACAGCGAGGAUUAUCGAAAGAUUAAUCCGAUGCAACAAGUGCCUGCGCUCCACAUCGAUAACCACACCUUGAUCGACUCGCUCAACAUAAUAGAGUACUUGGACGAGACGCGACGCGAUCCACCAUUGCUGCCGGCCGAUCCUGCAGAAAAGGCGAGAGUACGCGAGAUGUGUCAAGUUAUCGUGGCGGGCAUCCAACCGGUUCAGAAUGUCACUGUGCUCAAUCGACUCGACAAAGAGCGCCGCUUGGAGUGGGCUCAGCACUUCAUCUCUCGCGGUUUCACCGCUUUUGAAAAAUUACUCGCCAUGAGCAACAGUAAUGGCAAUUAUUGCUACGGAGACAACAUCACUCUGGCCGAUUGCUGCCUCGUGCCACAGGUCUACAACGCACGCCGAUACAAAGUCGAUCUGACGCCGUUCCCGAAAAUCGUCGAGAUCGAUCGCAAUUUGAGCAAUCAUCCCGCCUUCCUGGCCACUCAUCCGGACAAACAGCCCGAUUGUCAACCUGACUAAACUUAGAAAGACUGUACCAGUUGUACUAUUUUUUCUACUUCAUUAUUUAUCAUAAUAUAUUAAAAUCAUUUAUUACAAUU